AUAUAUUCAAGAUUCACCCGAUGAGGAUUAUGUACAACCGUUCAAAUAUAAAUUAAAGAAAUGCAAUGCGGACAAAAGACGUUGGUUGUUGCUUACGAACCUGAGCCUGAGACUUUGCAUUGGAAUAAUAGGCAUUUGGGUACUAGUAGGGUAGAAAUCUCUUGGUGGGAUCAUGUUAAUGAAGGUAAUGAGGUAACCGAUGAUUACAUGACAUGGUAUGAAGGCUUCUCCCACGGUCGAGUGAUAAGGAUUGAUCAGACUACGGGUAGGAGGAGCAACAAAGCAUCUUCCGCUGCUUCUACAUCCGACACUAGAGACGACUCUUCCAUUAUUAAGCUUGUGAGGGAACGGGUGAAGAUUUUUAUGAAGUUAUUUUGUUGCAAAGCCGACAAAGGAGAAGUGAUAGAACCUGAGCAAAGUCGCAUGUACGCUGAGUACUUCCAACACAUUGAAAUCCACAAGCAAAGAAAAUGUUCGUUGAUCUGGAAAAGCAAUGUAAGAGGACAAGGAGAACAGCUAGCCAACUAA